AUGGAAGACCACGAGACGAGCGGCCUCGGUGCGACGGCGAGCCCCCUCGGCGAGCCUCUUCUCACGGCCACCGGGAAGCGGGUUGUUGACCGCGACACCGAGGCGCAGCUCCCUCCGUAUCGCAGCGCCGGCGCCUCCUUCUCCAGGGCGUGCCUGAACCUCACCAACGCCGUCUCGGGCGUCGGGGUGCUCGCCAUGCCCUACGCGGUGUCGCGGGGCGGGUGGCUCAGCCUGGCGCUCUUCGCCCUCGUCGGCGCCGUCUGCUACUACACCGGCACGCUCAUAGCGCGCUGCAUGCGCGCCGACGGCUCCGUGGCCACCUACCCGGACGUCGGCCAGCUGGCAUUCGGCGCCGCCGGCCGGAGAACCGUCGCCCUGUUCAUGUACGUGGAGCUCUACCUCGUCGCCGUCAGCUUCCUGGUCCUUGAGGGCGACAACCUCGAUAAGCUCUUCCCCGGCGCCGGCGUGGAGCUGCUCGCUGGCUACCGGCUGCGCGGGAAGCAGUUGUACAUCGUCCUGGCCGGCGCCGUCGUGCUGCCCACCACCUGGCUCAAGAACCUCGGCGUGCUCGCCUACGUGUCGGCGCUCGGGCUCGUCGCGUCGGCGGCCUUGACGGUGUCGCUCGUCUGGGCCGGCGUCUCCGAAUCCGGUUUCCGCGGGAGCGGCAACGUCCUCAACCUCGCCGGCCUGCCCACCUCCCUCGGCCUCUACUUCGUCUGCUUCGCCGGCCAUGCCGUCUUUCCAACGAUAUACUCGUCCAUGAAGAACCGCGAGCGCUUCUCCCAAGUGCUGCUCUUCUCCUCGGCGCUCUGCAGCCUCAACUACGGACUCACGGCGGUGCUGGGCUACCUCAUAUACGGCGACGACGUGCGGUCGCAGGUGACGCUCAACCUGCCAUCAGGGAGGCUCUACACCAAGAUCGCCAUCGUCAUGACUCUCAUCAACCCGCUGACCAAGUACGCGCUGCUCGUCGCGCCCAUCACGUCGGCGAUCGAGGAGAGGUUCUCGCUUGCGGGGAGUGGGUCGGCGAGGGUGGCCGUCAGCACCACCGUUCUCGUGAGCACGGUCGUGGUGGCGUCCAUGGUGCCCUUCUUCGGGUUCCUCAUGUCCUUCAUCGGUUCCUUCCUCAGCGUCAUGGCCACAGUCUUCUUCCCCUGCCUCUGCUACCUCAAGAUCUACAGAGCCAAAGGCCUAUGCCGGGUCGAGGUCGCGGCAAUCGUCGCCAUCCUGCUGCUAGGGGCGUUCGUUGCCAUCACUGGCACCUAUACUUCUUUGCUGGACAUCAUAGCCACUUGACAGUACUUCCUAUUAACUGUGCUAUGCUAGACACUUAUUUUGAGACGGAGAGAAUAGUACAAACAAAACAAACCGAGCGAUCUUAGUGUAUGUAAGAUAAAGUGAAGGUCAUCCCUAAUUUUGAGAAUCCCUUGAUUUGCAAAAAAAAAGGACCAUUAAUUAUCGAAUUCGAUAUUCACACUCGGGGGCCAUUCUGCUGGGUGUCAAGGAGGUCAUUUUCUUAUUCGCAAAAAAAAAGAGGUCAUUUUCUUAGCUAAGGAUAUGGAUCGCAGGAAGUUCUUUCUUAGCAUGUCUCUGGCCGACAGAUGUUUGAACCUCAGUUGGGAGGUGAUAAUUGCCCGGCUGACCACGGGUAGUCUUCAGUUUUUCUAUCCGAGCGGAAAGCCGAGGUUGAUCGAAGUCCUAUCCCGGUGGUAGUGAUGGGGGACUUCAAUCUAACUUGGUAGAGCAUGGACAAAAACUCGACUGUUGUGGACCUUCGGCGCAUGCGUCUUUUCAUUAACUACAUUGCGGAGAUGGCUCUUCGUGAGAUCGUUCACGUCGGGGCUAGGUUACUUGGACUAAUAGAGAGCUCAACCCAAUCCAGGGUGUAUUGGAUGUGGUCCUUGCAUCCGUUUAGUGGAAAGUGGCUUUUCUGCUUGUAGCGCCCAAGAUGUGAUUCUAUCUCAAUCACGUGAUUAACUCAUGAUUGGGGCACAACCGCAUUUCGAGCACAUAGCAAGGUGGAUAUCAUCACAACAUACCAU